AUGGUAUUCCCACCACCACUAAUUGUCGGAGGAGGCACUUUCAGUGAACAAUACAAUUCUGAUCCAGAAUCUCUUCCAAUUAGUGAAAUACUCAGAUAUGCAUUCACUAAUGGAGUUAAUGCCAUUGAUACUUCACCAUAUUAUGGUGAUAGUGAGAUCUUAAUUGGUAAAGCGUUAAAAGAGUUAAGUGAUGAAUUUCCAAGAGAAUCAUAUUCGAUAUGUACUAAAGUGGGUAGAAUCAGUUUAGAUAGUUUUGAUUAUUCUAAAGAGCAUGUUGAAUUUAGUGUAAGGAGAUCAUGUGAACGGUUAAAUACUACAUACUUGGAUUUAGUUUAUUUACAUGAUGUUGAAUUUGUUCCAUUGGAAGAUACGUUGAUUGCCCUGAGAGAAUUGAGAAGAUUGAAAGAUAUUGGUCUUAUUAAAAGGUUUGGGUUAUCUGGAUACCCCGUGCAUUAUCUUUAUGAGGUGACAAGGAAAUGUGCUACAGAAUAUGUGGAUGAUAUUGGUCCGUUGGAUGCAAUUUUAUCUUAUUGUAAUUUGAAUUUACAAAAUGUUGUGCUGGAUAAUUAUUAUGAUAAAUUGAAGAAUGAAUGUAAGAUUGGGAUUAUUAGUAAUGCUUCCAUAUUAAGUAUGUCAUUAUUAAGGGAGCAAGAAACAGUGGCGUUCCAUCCAUGUUCUAAAGAAUUAAGGGAUUGUGCUGAUAAGGCUGCUGAUCAUUGUCAAAGUAAAGGUAUGAAGUUAUCAGAUUUAGCUACCAGAUACGCUGUUUCUAAAUGGAUAGGUAAAGGUCCUACUGUUAUCGGUGUAAGUUCAGUGGAAGAGAUGGCGACUGCAAUUAGAAACUAUAAGAAAAUUGAGGAAAGGUUACCAAAUAAUAAAUUAACUGACGAGGAAACUGAGAUGGUUAAAGAGAUUCAAGAAAGUAUUUUUGGAUCUCACUUCAAUGAAACGUGGAGUUCUGGUCUCAUUUCUGGAUCAGAUACACACAAACCAUCUGUCUGA